GAGGAACUGAGAAGCCGGAGGUAUGCAUAAAGCACGUAUAUCUUGAGAGGAGAGACCGUUGUGCCAACAGUGUUCCUUCCACCAAUUCUGAGGAGGAGAGAGAGUUUCUUCCAUAUCUGACAGUAGUGCUCUAUUCCAGAUGCUUCAUGCUGAAAAUAGAAUAAGGCUCUCGGAGUGUCACGAUGAAAUAAAAACUGAACCAUAUUCUAAAAGGAUGAAGUCAACAGAAGGGACUUACGAGAAACUCCCUGAUGAUGAUAACCAAGGUAUUCAGCAGGAGGUGGAUGCUGAGAGAACAUCAAGUGAUUGGAUAUCAGCGUGUGCCUCAGAUAACCAAGGGCAACAUGAAAUGCAGAAGCAGGAGAAAAUACUGACUGGUGUCUUGGGAUCAUUGAAUGAAGUUCUCCUUGAAAAUAAUCCAGUGCUUAGUCAACCAGUUGAUUUAGAAACUCCGCAGAAUGUAAAUCCUCCAUUUGCAUCAGUAAAUGACACUAAAGUUGAAGAAGAGAAAGACCCUUUUAUUACAAAUAAUGCCGGUGAAGAUAAUAGUAAAAAAAGUAGUACAUCAUUAUCAGUAAAUAGAAAUGCAUCAGAUGAAGAUUUUUUUACAAGCACAGAAUUUAUAGGACCUAUUUACAAGCCUGCCAAAAGUAACAAACAGGAUGAAUCUGGCAGUUGCAAUGAAUGUAGAAGCAAUGGGGGAGAUGAGAAUGAAUUACAUGAAAACAGACCUAAAAGAAAGGAGGCUAAGAAGAUGCAGGCUGUUUCUGCCACUGUACCAGAAAUAGAUGAUGAACUAGACCAGUUCUAUAAAGAAAUUCAUCAGCUGGAAAAUGAACAUUUAGAUACUAGUCCUCAGGGAAAAGAAAGUGAAAUUUCUCAGGAACAACAGUCUCCAUAUAACUGUAGUCAAAGCUCACAGGAGGAUUGUCAACACAUAUUGUUGGACAGCCCACAGCCAUUUUAUGAGAAUGGACAGCGUUUUCUUGGGGAACAGAACAGUCAGAAAACUAGCAAUGAGCAGCAGUUUGUUGUGGAAACAGAUGGCUGGAAAACCGAAAAUGCCUUUAAUGGCCAAGUAGAUGCUAAAUGUUGGAACUGCUCAGUGCCUGAAUUCAGACCUGCUUGGCAGACUAGAGCAUCUUUCGUAGUACCUCAGGGUCCUUUUCUUCCUAGACUGAACCCUCAGUCCCGUUUUCAGACACUUAAUUCCCCACCACAAAUUCCAAAUGCUCUCCCUUUUCAGAAUGGGGAACUUUGUUAUGAAAAUCGUCGUAGUUACUAUAGAAAUACUGAUAUCAACAAUCACAGUCCACUGCUUGAUCAAAAUACCAGCUAUGCUAGUCAUAUUGACAUCCAUACUACUCAGGUCUUCAGAAAUGAAAAUAAUGACCAGAAGGGACCCCAAAAUAAUGGUUUCUGUGAAACCAGAGAAGAGUGUUGGAAGGAUCCAAAAGCCGACAAUACAGAAGGAAUGUGCAGCUUUUCUUCCUUGCAGUUAUCUGAAGAAAGAUUUGGUUGUGCACAGAAAUUUCUUCUAAUCUUAAGAGGCCUACCUGGUUCAGGGAAAUCUACACUUUCUCGCAUUCUGCUUGGUCAGAGUUGUGAUGGCAUUGUAUUGAGCACUGAUGAUUACUUCCGUCAGCAGGAUGGAUACACGUAUAAUGCUGCUCAGCUUGGUGAUGCCCAUGACUGGAACCAGAAGAGAGCAAAGCAAGCAAUGGAGCAGGGAAGAUCUCCAGUUAUAAUAGACAACACUAAUACUCAAGCCUGGGAAAUGAAGCCGUAUGUGGAAGUGGCUCUAGAAAAAGGUUACAGAGUGGAAUUCCAUGAACCAGAUACUUGGUGGAAGUUUGAUCCUGAAGAAUUAGAAAAGAGGAAUAAACAUGGGGUCACUCGUGAGAAGAUUGCUCAGAUGUUGGAACGAUAUGAAUAUCAAAUAUCUAUACCUAUUGUCAUGAAUUCAGUGGUACCUUCCCACAAAAGCACUCAGAGACCACCUCUGCAGCGAAGACAUAGGGAGACAAUUUUAAAGACGAUCACUGGGCACCCGUUGACAAAAGCAAAGCAGAAGAAAAAGCGAAAAAGAAACAAAACAAUGGAAACCAAUCACACAGAAAUUAUGAAGAAAAUGUUACAUGGAGUAGAUCGUUAUCCAACUCCAGGUGACCAGGACAGAUCAGAAAGUGAAGAGGAGGAUGUGGAAGAAGAAAACAAGAAAUCAUUGUGUACAUUCAGCAAAGGUCCAAAGGAUCCAGUAAUAGUUUGUGAAGAGCAGCCUAACAGUGAUGAUGAAAGCCUAAGAGAAACUGCAGGGGUCUCAAGAGAAAGGUUUCUGGUUGCUGUGCCUGAGGUCUCAAUGAUGUCGAACAGUGCACUGAAAAACGAAUUGCCUGUAGAAAGUGACAGUUCACUCUUAAUAGAUGUAAAACUUUUUUCUACUGAAAACCUAACCAAAAAUGCAUUCAAUGAUGAGGAAGCAAAUCAAAGGCACAGAGAAAAUCUUUGCAGAAGUAGUUUCCUAAAAAUAAGCAAUGAUGAAAAUUCCAUCCGUGAAACAGAAGGCAUCUCUGAAGAUAAUGACACAUCACUGUUAAGCAUAGAAGAAAAAACGAAAUCGUGUCAAAUUACAUGUGAACCUGACUUGGAAGCUAAACUGAUAAGUUUAAACAGUGAAGAAAAACAAAUCUCUCAGUGUUACAAUUCAAAGGAAAAAGAGAAAGCAAAUGGAUUGCAGAAUGGAAACAGCUUGACUGAUGAUAUUAUUAGUCUUGAAGAUCUAAAUAAAAAUCACCAAGAGAAUCAAGAUUCUUCUGAAACACUUCCAGGCAUGGAGCUGUUUCAAGGGAUGAUAGAAGAGAACAUCAUGACCUGCACCAGCACUGGCUGUCUGGAUGCUGCAUUUCAUCAAUCAUGACUGACUAUCUUAAAUUCUGCAUGAACAGAAACUUCUCACUUUGAUUCCACCAUGGAAGGACUUCAGUUGGCCACUAAGGAUUUUAAAUGUGAGGGAUAACCUGGAAGAAAGAAACCACUGUAGAUUUUUUUUUCUUUGUCUGUCUUCUCUCCCACAGCCCCCCAGUAUCAACCUUUCUGUCUAUGUAAUAAUGAUCUAAAUUGAGAUGACUUUGGGUAUGGCAAAAUGUCACUUUCUGAAGCCAUUUGGGAUUUAUACUUUCUCUAUAUAAACCUCAAGUGUGGUACAAACAGUUUGAGAGUGGAGACCAGAAGCAUUUGUUGCCAUGGGGGGUGAGCUUCAAGCUCUGGUAUUUAAUUUACUUGUGUGGGAAUCCAAGAUGUUGCCACACAGUGAUGCUUGCCUGCAGGGAAAGGUGCCUGUUACAUGUGCCUGCUUCUGCCUUUCACCCUGUCAGUCAUAAUUACAUCCUAGUCCCUUUACAACCUCAAGUGAAAUAAAUCUUCAUCAGUCACUCCUAAUCAUUCAUCCAGGGGUACACAACUUACCUUCUUUUCUCCUGAAAUGAGGCUUUAUGCUUCCCUUCAGCUAGACUCAUUUGGGACUACAGAAAUAAGAAAAUUUCACUACAGACCUGAUUCAAAUACACUGGAGGAAGGAUGUAUAUGGUUUGUGUUAGACUGAGAAGAUGUAUAACUAGCACUAGUAACUAGUGAUUUGAUGUUUCUGUUAGAGGUAUUAGAAAUAUUUACAUAUGGAGAGUGAGCUAAAUUAUAAUUAAUUAUAAAGAGCAACCUCUGUCAAUUAUGAGGCAUCCAUAAGGCUGGACAUUUCUUUGUAGGGAGGAGAGACAUAAAAGACAAUUUUCACCUCACUUAAUGGUGAAAAGUGUGACAAAAGAUGAAUGAGAAGAAGAGAAGCAAGGAAACUUAGGUUGUGUCUACUUAUCAGAAAUAUUUCCCACUUCUGCAGCUUGCAGAUCCAGAAUAUUUAUCCAUUUGUUCAUUCAACUUCUCUUCCUUACCUUUCCCUGCACCUGUUUCAUUAUGCACCAGUUGAUUCAGGACCUGACUGCACUCAUGCUGAAGCUCCACUACAGCCUAAAUUGCCAAUGUGUCCCCACUUUCUGCCUAAAUACUGCAUCUACAUGUGAGCAGUCAACAAUGUAUACAUUUCGAAAUUAAUGUUGUACCAUUGGUGAAAUUUACUGGCCACAGUCUUAAUACAUUUGCCAAGUACAUGUGUGUGUUUUCCUUGGCUGGGAAUGUGCUGCUCUCCUACCAGCAGAACAUUAUACAAAAUGUAAUGGGGAGGUGGAAGGUAAUUCAUGCCAGUGCUAACUGCAGCUUCAGACUUAGCUGAGGUACCAGUGGCAGCAGAAAAGUUAGUUUGAUUUCAAGAAAAUGUCACUCAAGGAUUAAUCCUGUCUUCCUGCUUCCUUUUACUGAGACAGAAAUCUGAAUGCCUUUAUUUUCUCUUACUGGAUAAUGACCUUACAGAAGGCUUAAAAUAAAAACAGUUUUCAAAAUCUCGCAGUAUUCUAAUAUGCACAAAUCAUGUUAUGCCUCCUAGGAGGUUGUUGUCAAUUUAAGUUUACUUUAACUCUCCCCUCCACAGUAUCUAUGAAUUUCAAAUUGUAUGUAUCUUUUUUCCUGCCACUUUUUUCCCCACUUGCUUCAGCUUCAAUUAGCGUUGGUGUGCCAUGUACUCAGGAGCUAAGCUUUCUCCCUGUAUGUGAACCCUCUCCUUAGCACUAUUGGCAAGCAUCAGAACCUAAGGCUUCAGCCUUGAGGUUUGGUGGCAGUGUGUCCCUGUGGCAUAGCUGAGGCUGGCUUCUAGCCAAGCUGGGAUUGACGCCGUGUGUGGUUCUAAGAGGGAGAGUGUGGUACCACACCCGCUAUUUUUGGGCUUACUAGAAACUAUAAUUUCUUUUGCUUCUGUGGUGAUCGAAUUAAUGCAGAUCAGGUUUUCUUCAGAGGAAAUAAAUCUUG